CUCGCUUGAUCAUCGAGAGUGUCAAUGAAAAAGUAUGUCAUAAAUGAAGCUACACUAAGUCACAAAGCGAUCUUUGUGUAUCUAUUGGUAAAACGGAUAUUUAAAGCACCCUAAUCACUGUAGAAACCCCUUUACACACGGUAACUGCUACCCAAUGGAAUGGAAUUUUUAUAGAUCAAUUUAAUUUACCAGCUCUUCCUGUGGGGUCUUUCACAAUGGGUCUGGAUACCAAAUCAUUUGAGGGAGAUGUGGAUGAGUCUUUCAUUUGCAAACUGUGUCAUAAGGUAUUCCUAAAUCCGGUGUCAUCAUCUUGUAAACAUUUGUUCUGCAACAACUGUAUCCUCAAACGUUUCCAGUAUGAAACAAUGAAACACUGCCCGAUUUGCAAGACAAAGUUUACUGACAAACUCACGCAACCUUCCAAUGAGUUCAAGCUCAAGUUAUUGCAGCUCAGAAUAACGUGUAGCAAUAAAUGUGGAAAGGUGGUGCUUUUGGGUGAACUUCCGGAUCACGUGAGUGAUACAUGCCCUCACACACCCGUAUCGUGUCCUUUCUACGGGAAAGGAUGUCGAAAAAAGAUACGGAGAUGCGACAUAAAGCGUCACCUGAAAGAAUGUGAUUUUCGUGAAGUCGUCUGCGAAGCUUGUGGCUACACUACAAUUUUUCGAGAACUAUUUACGCAUCAAAGCAGGACAAAGUGUUUGGAGAAGAAACUAAAGCAGCAAAUUAUUCGUGAGUUUAGGAAUACAAAUAGAGAAGUUCGGCGUCAUAAGUCACUUCUAAAUAGGCAGCAUGUAAAGAGGGACAUUUUACUGAGACAGAAAGAGCUUGAACACAGUCGAAAUCUUCAGAGCAGUCGCUUGUCGUCCAGUAGGAGGUUUGGGUCGCUGGAAAGUUUAGCCAACAGCAAUAUCAGCACAGGCGUCUUCUUAACAGAGAACGUUUUGCAGAAGUACUUCAAAGGGGGUCAAGGACAAAGUGGCAGUUCCCUUGUCUCAGAUUCAACGUCCGUCGGGAGCCGUGCCCCCCUUCCCUCAAGAUCAGGACAUAAUGUGUUCGAAUGUAUGCGGUGUAAGAAGCUUUUCAAACCACAAUACAACCAUGAAGGUGCUUGUAGGUGGCAUCAAGGGGUAUGUAAAACCACUGCUCUGGAGUUUUCAAAAUUAACAUGUGAUGUAAUUGUAGUUGGAAGUCACAUUAAGCGACGUACAUGUAAUUAUUUCUCCAGUUAUAUAGAUUUCAAAGUGCUCAAUUCCCAGCUGAAUUAA